AUGUACAAGCUAUGGCUUCCCACCUCGAGCAAAAGCAAGAGUUCGCCAUCAACUCCCACAGAAAGAAAGGAGGCAACACAGCCAAAUUCACUUCACUUCAUCAACCCAGGUUCCAUGAACCAGUACGAGCAAUGCAUCUGCUCCAUCGGUGAGAUCGUCUGCCCAUACGAUUCAGACCAGCAAUUCGCUGUUUACGGUUUCGGAGGUGCAAUCAACGGAAAAGUCGACCAUUGCUUCCCACUUACCUUCAGCGCUGAGCAUCCAUACGUUCCAGGCAUGAUGGGUAUCCUCGAUGUCUACAGAAAUGCUCUCAGAUCCGUUCAAUUGUACGGUCCAACUUAUUUCGCACCUAUGAUCCAGAACGCAGCAUACGUAGCUCGCCAGGCCUUCAACCAGUCAAGGACAUAUACCAUCCUUAUGAUACUUACUGAUGGCGCAAUCAACGAUUUCAGAGAAACAGCAAAUGCAAUCGUUGCUGCAUCAGAUGCACCAUUGUCUAUCAUCAUCGUUGGUGUCGGCAAUGCUGACUUCAGCGCAAUGGACGACCUUGAUGGCGACGACGGAAAGGGAUUGAGAAAUUCAAUGGGACAACCAUGCAGACGCGAUAUCGUACAGUUCGUUCCUUUCAGGAAAUACUUGGGAGCACACGCAGGAUCAUUACCAGCAGAAGUUCUCGCAGAAGUUCCUAAACAAGUCGUUUCAUUCUGCGAAUCAAUCAACUACAUCCCUUGCAAGUUAAUGUAA